AUGGAAAAAUUAGCUUUGAUUUCUGUUUCGGAUAAAACUGGUUUAAUUGAAUUGGCGAAAAAUUUGGCUGAGUCCGAUUUUUCGAUCAUUGCAUCUGGGGGAACGGCGAAAGCGAUCAGAGAACAAGGAAUUGAUGUGAAAGAUGUCUCUGAUGUGACGAAAUUCGGUGAGAUGCUGGGCGGACGAGUGAAAACUCUCCAUCCAGCCAUUCACGCGGGAAUCCUCGCUCGGGAUACGCCACAAGAUCGACAAGAUAUGCAACAUCAUGGCUUUUCACCGAUUACAAUCGUUGUCUGCAAUCUUUAUCCCUUCAAGGAAACUAUCAAAAAAGAGGGAUGCACUUUAGAAGAUGCUGUGGAAAAUAUUGAUAUUGGAGGUGUCGCUUUGUUGAGAGCAGCGGCGAAGAAUCACGAUCGAGUGAUUGUUCUAUCGAAACCCGGAGAUUACGAAAAAGUCAUUGAACUGAUUCGCUCUGGUGGCGUUCCCGAGUCAACGCGACGUCUUCUUGCUUUAAAAGCUUUUGAGCAAACCUCUUCCUAUGAUGAAAGCAUUGCCACCUAUAUGAGACGACGAUUCGCCGGUGAUGGGGAAAAGUCGAUUCCCUUGAGAUACGGGAUGAACCCUCAUCAGAAAAACGAUGCUGAAUUGUUUACGGAGCAAGAUGAGAUGCCGUUGAAAGUUCUCAACGGGGCGCCCGGUUACAUCAAUAUUCUCGACGCGUUGAAUGGAUGGCAACUUGUUAAGGAGCUUUCUGAAGCCACAGCCCAUCCAGCAGCCGCUUCUUUCAAGCAUGUGUCACCAGCAGGAGCUGCUGUGGGUGUGCCGCUAAAUGAGGGGGAAAUGCAAGCGUGUAUGGUAAACGAUCUGACAUUAGACACAAAAAGACCAUCACUUGCUGCUGCUUAUGCGAGAGCUAGAGAACAGGAGUGGCCUCUUUUGAGAAUGGAUCGGUUAGAAAAGUUGACUGAUCUUCUUGGUGCUGAUCGAAUGUCUUCUUUUGGGGAUUUUAUCGCACUUUCCGAGAAAUGUGAUGAAUUGACGGCGAAGAUCAUCAAUAGAGAGGUUUCUGAUGGUGUUGUGGCGCCUGACUAUGAGCCAGCUGCUUUAUCUUUGCUUGCAAAAAAGAAAAAUGGAAAUUAUACAGUGUUAAAGAUCAAUCCACAAUAUGUUCCAACGGAUCUCGAAGAGCGAACGGUUUUCGGGCUAAGAUUACGCCAAAAGCGCAACGAUGCGGUCAUCAGUUCAGAGACUUUUAAGAAAGUCGUUGGUGAGGUGAAAGAGCUCUCAAAAGAGGCCACAUUGGAUUUGAUCGUGGCGACGAUUGCCCUCAAGUACACCCAGUCAAAUUCUGUUUGCUUUGCACAUCGGGGACAGGUAAUUGGAAUGGGCGCUGGGCAACAGUCGCGUAUCCAUUGCACUCGGCUCGCUGGCGAGAAGGCAGCUAAUUGG